GGAUAUGGGAAUCAGAUACUGCGGCGUCAAAUUGUUUGGAACCAAUCAGCGCAAUGUUUUCCCUUCAGCUUUAAAACAUCUGGAUGCUGUUUAUUCAUGUGGUAAACGGGGGGAAAGCUGCCUCUCCCGUUCACCAUGAAUUUGAAGAUUUUGUUCGCUAUCUUGGCCGUGGCUCUGGUGGCGAUUAUAGCCCUAAAUUGGAUCUUGCUGGUGGGCUUGUCGAAAUCGGCAAGCUGUAAGCCCUCGAAGUUUACAGAGCUGUUGGAGGAGGUGUAUGGGGAGACGUCUCAGGGAAUGGUGUUUGCAGACCUGGACAGUGAGGAACUAACUAGCGUUGUGCAGUAUCUGAAGCUCCAACUUGGGGUGAAGCUGGUGAGCUGCGCUGAAGCUCUUCCCUCAGACAAUUACAUUCACAUGAUCGAACUGCAGCUCCCCCGGAAAAGUGAGGUCUUAAAGUUUUUGGACAGCGUGGCAAACCAACCCAAGAGAGAAGCGAGAGCGGUAGUGAUAUUUGGAGAGCAAAGUGAGCCCAAUAUCACCGAAUAUGUGGUGGGACCUCUUCCAAAUCCAACCUACCACAAAGACAUUACUUCCCAGAAAUACCAGAACCUUAGCUUCCACUCCAGACCUGUGACAAGCUUCGAACAUAAAAAGAUUCUUUUAAGAAUGGGAUUGGAGAAAGCGUCUCGGCUCCUUCUGCAAAGUUUCGGCUCAGAUUGGGAAGAUCUGAUCCACCUGGACUCUGCCCCUCGUGGCUUCAAAACGGGUGACCGGGAAACCUGGUUCCCGUUCCUGAGAAACGUUAGCGGCGUCUUCAUGCACCCCCUGGGCUUCGAGGUGCUGAUUGACCACAGCAGCCGCAAUAUCUCCGAGUGGAAAGUGAAGCAGAUCUUUUACAACGGCCAGUACUUUGACAGCAUCGAGCAGCUGAUCACUCAGUAUGAUCGCGGUGCUGUCAAGAAGAUCCGACUGCACCGAGAGCAAUCUGAUCCCAACUAUGCAUCGCUGAAACCUCACAUGAAACAUCAUUCAGUCUCUCCGUUGCAAUAUGAGCCUCAAGGCCGCCGAUACUCUGUUGCUCACAACCAUGUGAGGUAUUUUAAUUGGAAAUUUGCUUUCCGCCACAGUACUGUCAAUGGGCUGCAGUUGUUUAAUAUCCGAUUCAUGGAGGAAAGGAUCGCCUAUGAAUUAAGUGUGGAGGAGCUCAACUCUGUUUAUGGAGGCGACUCGCCCUCCUUAAUGAGGACCAAGUUUCUAGACCAGCAUUAUAGCAUUGGCAGAUCUGCUAACGAACUGGUGAGAGGCGUGGACUGUCCGUACACUGCGGUCUUCGUGGACACUGUUCACUUUACAGAGAGUGAGAAACCAGGGCAGAUCAGGAAUUCCAUCUGUAUCUUUGAACUGAACAAGCAGAUUCCCCUGAGGCGGCACUUUUCCAGCUGGUACACAGCUCCCUCUUACGGGGCGGUAGCGGACUGCGUGCUGAUCAUAAGGUCAAUCUCAACCGUGGCCAACUAUGAUUAUGUGUUUGAUUACAUAUUCCACCACAACGGCGUGAUUGAGACCAAGGUCCAUCCGUCAGGGUAUGCACUGACAUCAAUCCUCUCUGAGAGCGGUCUUAAGUACGGAGCAAAACUUGAAGAGAAUCUUUUGGGGAAUAUUCACACUCAUUUCUUGCAUUUCAAGGCUGAUGUGGAUGUAGCGGGUAGGUUACAAAGAACAAGUAACUCUAUUGAAACAAAGGAUGUGGAAUAUGAGCUCAAAUCAGCCCCGUGGAAAAAUGACCAGAAGAUACAUGUACCCGUAGUCAAGGAGCAGAUAUUGGGCACGGAAAACCAGGCUGCUUUCAGAGCUGGGACAAAAAUGCCUAGAUAUCUGAGUUUUGUGAAUCUACAUCAGAGAAAUAACUGGAACCAUUAUCGCGGUUAUAGGAUUCAAGUGGUAAGCUUUAAUCCUGACAGUAUACCUGAAGAAAUUCCAGAAGAAAAGGCUAUAUCCUGGCAAAGGUACCAGUUGGCAGUGACAAAGUACAAAGAGAAGGAACAGAGAAGCAGCAGCAUGUACAAUCAGAAUAACCCUUGGAAUCCUGCUGUUUAUUUUGCUGGCUUUAUUGAUGAUGAAGAUAUUCAAAAUGAGGACCUGGUAGCUUGGAUUACAGCUGGCUUUCUCCACAUUCCCCACUCAGAGGAUGUUCCCAAUACUGCCACAGCUGGAAAUGGCAUUGGCUUCUAUUUAAAGCCAAUCAACUACUUUCUGAAUGAUCCAUCAGUUAAUGCUGAAGAUGCUGUCUACAUUGAUACUUCUGAGGAUGCAGAAAGAUGUGAAAACAACCCUGUCGCAUGUACACCAGAGUAUGCUACCUGUAUACCCAAGUUCCCAGAUUUUACCUAUGGAACAGACUAAUUAGCUGUUGAUAAUUAACAGGACAUAAUCAGAUUGAGAAGAGAAGUUAAUCAUGACUAGAAUUCCCUCUCAUUUUCUUCCCAGCUGCAUGGGACUCCAAGGACCGUGUGCAGCAGUGACAUCUGGAACUGGAAGUCAAUGCUGUGCCAAUGCCAAUUGCCAUGUGCAGAACCCUGGAAGUGUGCCACACAAGCUGUUGCGCAGCUUAGGGAGCACUGAUCAUGACUGGCCAUCACUUUCCAUGAACCCCUGUUAUUUCUUUGCAAAGAAAUCAUUUAAACAGAUGACCUACUUGCAGUUUCUCCAGCUCUAUUCAUUGUAUUGGUGUUGAACUGACUUUAUAUGCACGCUGUUGCUUUGUUAUACAACUGUUAGUAGUCCCAAUAAUCCAAUGUCAGAUAACAAAGGAAAGCACAGGGCAGGUUUAUCAAAUUCCUGCUUUUGUCUCCUUUGUGUGCUAAAGUGCAGGGCCCCACAAGAUUCUUUAUCCAUCAAACUGUAAUGGACAGGAAAUCCUGCUAGGCUGAAGCAACCACUACUAGCAAAUUCAAAACAUGCACAGCUGAUGCACAAAGCUCAGUGACUGAAGAAUAACUCUCCCUUAAAACCCUUAUGGUUAAAACCAUCACAUUUAGAAGCUCACAGACUGACUGACAUCUUCAUGCCUUGAUGUAGCAGUUGAUUAAUUGAACAGUUGAGGGAACACAAAGGAAUUUUGCAUACUUGAGCUGAGACUGACACAUCAUUACAACAUAAUGAAAGAUGGGCCGAAGCCAUGGGUAAAAUAUUGGAAAUGUCUCAAAGUUGAGUGGCUGCAUCAGUUAUGACUAAUUAAUCAUUUUUAACCAAUUUAAUUUACAAUUUUGUUAAAGAGCUUUGAGGUCUUUUAAAAUGUCUUGAAAGCUCCAUUCCAAAUGAGAGCUGCUUUUAAUUAGGUCAUCAGUUUCUAGUGAUUCAGUAAGUCAAAUGCUGGUUUUUUUUAACAUAGAAUUUUUGCAUUUUCCCAGGAUUUUUAUGAGUAGUCAGGUGAUUAAAUUCCACGAUUCCAUCUGUUUAUUCUUCUCAAUCAAGUCGUAAAGUUAGUUAUGACAAGCAUAACAGAGUGAUAUUGAUCAUAUCUUAUUGUUAGACAGAACUUCUCCUUUAUAAACAUUUUUAUAACUUCAUUUUUAAACACAUUUUUUAUAUUGUAAGCAUGCCAUCUGGGAAAGUAAAUACCAUGGGCUACACAUUUCAAUCAAAAGCUGAAUUACUUUGGCAUAUCACAACGAUAACAUGCUGAAUAUUUUGUUUCUUCUGCACAUUAAUUGGCCACUUUUAUAAAAUGUACAUAAAAGAAUAAGUAGAAGAGUCAACUAUGUUUGUCAUCAGAGGCACAUUGUCAGUAAUACCUUGACUGUUACAAGUGAGAAGUGUUCUUUUAAAGCUACUGGUAAUACUACAUCAGGGAAACAGUCUUCAACAAUAAUGCAAUCUGUGUGUUUAAAACCGCAUUGAAUAGCAGGUUUAUACUUGUUAGACUGGAUCCAUGGAUUCUCAUUCUGCACCAGGUGGUGCAAUGGAAGCUAUGCCAAAGCAUUCAUUUUUCCAGAGGAAAUAUAAUAUCCAUAGUAAGCUGGUAGUUUGGUCAGAUUACCAUUGAGGAUACAAAAUGGCACAUUCAACACAAAGAAGUUUUUGUUUCCGUGGUUGCAUCUGCAUGAAAUGAGGAUCCAUUCCAUGGACCUUGCAUAUUAGCUUAGUGCAAAGAUUUUCUUUGUUAAUCUUUGCAGAGUGGUGAAAAGUGCAGAAUAAAAGUACCUGUCUUCCUUAAAUGUUCAUUGCUGAUGUCCUGACCAACUCCCUCUGAUUAUCCUAAAGAGUGUGGUUGUUCCAUUGGAAGUAAAGUGCAGUGAAGGCAGAUUGCCUCAGUUUUUCUUAUGUUUAAUGCAAAAACUGUUCUCACUUUUCUCUAUUUAGGAAUGACUUCCUAUACAGAGUAUUAUAAAAAAAAACAACUCAACAAGCCAAUCAAUAUAGAUUCAGUGCUAAGUGAAUCAAGUGUUACUGGCUAUGCAGUAUGAAAUGGCUGGCUGUGUAAUUUAAGGGAGUUUUGGCACACCUUUUGCUGUAAUCACCAGCCUAGAUCAUAAAUAUUGUAAAUAAAUUAGAUUCAUACUGAUUACAAAUCUGAUAUGUGAAAUCCUUUUGACAGCAUUUUGACAUUUUGUGAUUGUACUAGUUGCCAUACAUAGGGAUGGAUGUUACUGCACUAGCAGCAGUUCAGUGAAGGUUUACUCAACUCAUACCUGGAAUUGACUUAUAGGAAAAGACUGAACAGGCUAAAUAUGUAUCCUCUGGAGUUUAGAAGAGUCUGAGGUGACUUAAUUGAAACAUAAGAUCCUGAGGGGAUUUUAUUAGAGGAUGCCAAAAGUGUAUUUCCUCUUGUGGGAGAAUCGAAAGCUGGGAGUCAUAGUUUUUUUUAAGGUGCAGCAUCUCAUUUAAAACAGAGAUGAGAAAACAUUUUUAUCACUUAGAGUUGAAAGUCUUUUGAAUUCCCUUUUCUCAAAUGGCAGUGGUUGCAGAAUCUUUAAACAUUUCUAAAGUUGAAAUGUAUAGAUUCUUGAUUACCAAGGGGAUAAAAGAUUAUAGGUGCUAUGCGGGAAUGUAGAAUUGGGCAUGAAAUCAGAGCAGCUAUGUCUUAUUAAAUGGGAGAGACAGCUUGAAAGGCUGAAUAGCUUACUCUUAUUCCUUAUUCUUAUGUUUUAAUAAAACUAUAUGGGAUCUGAAAUACAACUGUCAUCUUUUAAUAUUCAACAACUAUGAAACACUAUCCGGUAAGAUUUUAGCAGCAUUAGCUACUUACAUUUAUAUAGCCUGUGUAACAAAAUAAAAUGUCCCAAGAUGCGUUGCAUGAACAUUAGAAAACAAAGUAUAACCUUAAGCCACCUGAGAAGAUAUUAGAUCAGAUGACUAAAAGUUUGGACGAAGAGGUAGAUUUUAAGGAGUGUUUUAUAAGCAGGAAGCAAAGGAACAAGGUAUUACAGAAUUUAGGGUCCAAGGUAUCUAAUGGCAUAGUCACCAUCGUGGAGUGAUUAGUUAAAAACUGAGGGAUGCAAAUUAGUGGAAAGAAGAUAAAAGGCUUGUGAGGCUAGAGUGGACUGCAGAGAUAGGGAGGGGAGGGUGCCAAGACUGAUGAGAGAUUUGAAAACAAAGAUGAAAAUUUUAAAAGCAAAGCCUUGCUUAACGGGAGCCAGUGUGAAUGAGUGAGCACAGGGAUGAUAGCGCAAUAGGAUUUGAUACAAUUAAAGAAGUGGGCAGCACUGUUUUGAAUGACCUCAAGUGGUACAACUUAAUGCAACUCAAUCACAUGCUCACUGCUGCACUGUUUUCCCCACCAUGAUAACAAAGUCAAUUUAAGGCAGCAAAGGUUAAGCAAUUAAAUCUAGAUGCUAACCAUCAUUGCGUGUGAUCUGAGGGGGGAUUAAUGAAAAUAAUGUAUGUCUUUUUGAGUUGGAUUUCUAUAGUUCAUCUGAUAAUGUGAUGAAUAUGAGGAUUACACAUCAGCUGCUGAUUAAGAUUAAAUACUGACUUUUGGGAGUGUAGACAAAAGAUGCCAUCAAUGGUACAAAUAACAUAAGGUAAACCUCAAAGUCUGAGAUGUGAGCUGGAAUUGAAUACCAACCAAUCAUAAUAAGAGAUUCAAGUUUGUUCAAAGCAUGCCAAAUUGUUUGGGCAUAACAACCAACUUCUGUUUCGUAAAGGUUCAAACUGUACGGAAAACCCAUUGGGAUUCUGGCUGACCAACACAAUCCACUAAUUCUAUUGAGAAAUCUUUGUGAGUAGCUGUUGGCUAUAUGAGCCUUAGUUGUGUCCCACUUUAAAUCAGCAGGGGUGAGGAGAUAUUGGUGUAUAAAAAGUUGACAACUUUUACAUCAAGCUGAAUGACUUCCUUGAGCCACAUUUUGAAUUCACUCUCGUUCUGUGGUAAAACAGCAAACAUUCAUUUCAGGAGGUGGCACUGUUCUCUAAUGCUACUGUAGUUCACUUAUUUGUAUGGUUUUAGAGAAGACCAGGUUGGAUGUUAUAUAGACUCCACUUUGUUCUCUAACACUGAAUUAUUAUAGACAAGAUUUAAACUGGGAAAUUAAGGUGGUCAAUGUAGUUAUUGCAAAGCCUCGGUGUGUCAGUGAUGGGUGAUUUAACUUGGUUGGUUGUAUGACUGGUUUAUGAGAUCGAAUGACACCAACAAUGCAGGUUCAAUUCCUGUGGUUAUUGUCUAGGUUCUGUCUUCUUAACCUUGCCUGUUCAAUUUAUUACCAGUUGUCUCUCUUUAAUGAGAGGUGGGACUAAUGUGACUUUACAUGCUAACACCAAAUUUGUCUUUGAUACUUUAAAAGCAUAUUUAGCCUUUUAGUUUAGAAUAAGGAGUAAUUUGAUGCAAUUGAGUGAGUCACUUGUUCAUGUAGUAAUUUGUAGUAAUUUCAAGUGUUUUUUUGAAAGUGACAAUUAUGUAUGCAACUAUUAGUCAACAAAAAUCAAUGUAAUUUCCUGUAUAAUGAGCUUGUAAUGAUGUUGCAUCUCCUUUUUAGUAAAAGAUCUGAUGGAUGAGGCAA